GCAUUUUCUUUAUGCUCUGCAUCAUGUGUUGGAGAGAAAUGGAGACUGAAACAUAAAUUGCCAAAGAACCCAACUUCUUAUGGUCCAUAUGUUGAUCUCGCGGACUGGUCCUUUGCUGAUGGUAGGCCUGGAGCACUGUGGAGAAACCAAAGGAAUCGAAUUCUUCAACAGAAGCAGGUAGCUGAAGAAAUUUACAGACACAUGGAGGAAAUUGAUUUUGCUGUUGCCCGUCAUCAGAAGCUACAGUAUGAGGCAGAAGAAGCACAUCAACAAAAAGUGGAGCAAAAGUUGAAGCCCAAGGGAGAACUCCAGAAGAAAGUUUCCAGUUCUGUGGCUAUAGCCAAUAGGACUCUGGAGCAACCAGACCACUCAGACUUCAUUACUUUGUGUCAGAAUCUCAAUAUGGGCCAGUAUUUGUGUCUGGAUUUGAGUAUUGAUCCUGACACCCAGCAGCCCAGAGGUUGCACUAAGGAAAAUGUGGCACUUGUGAACUGCACAGCAGCAGAAGGCAUCUUAUGCACUGAAACUAACAGCAGUGUCUUCAAGAGACCCAUCCCAUGCAAGUGGACCAAUGGUCACUCAUUUGAGACUGCUUUGCUCCUGUCAGUGUUCUUGGGGAUGUUUGGUGUGGAUAGAUUUUAUUUGGGAUAUCCAGCCAUUGGAAUCCUGAAAUUUUGCACACUGGGUUUCAUGUUCCUGGGUCAACUCAUUGACAUAAUUCUAAUUGCUACUCAGGUGCUACGACCCUCUGAUGGGUCUCAUUAUGUCAUUAAUUACUUUGGUCCUCAACUUGAAAUUUUAUCAUCCAACAACAUGACUUACAAAUUGCCACAAGGUGAUUGGUAA